AUGCGGCGGAGCGCGGCGGUCUGCUGGGCCCUGCUGCUGCUGGCCGCCGCCCUCUGCGAGACGGUGGCCGGUAAAGGCGGGCGAGGUGGGGCCCGGGGGGCGGCCCGCGGUGGGGCCCGGGGGACCGCCCGUGGGCGGGUGAAAGCGGCGGCUCCGCGUUACGGCUCGGCCGGGGCCGCCCUACGCGUGGCGGGGGCAGCGGCGGCGGGAGCGGCGGCUGGCGUGGCGGCGGGGGCCGGCUUGCGCCGGGCCCGGUUGGCCGGUGAGCUGGAGGCGGGGGACGGUGGCCAGUACCUCGAUGGCAACCGGACGGCGGCAGCCGCCGGUGCCUGGACCUCCGCCGCACCGGCCCGGGAGCCACCGGGCUGGGCAGUGCCCUGGCUCUGCCCGCUGGCCGCCAUCCUCCGCCGCUGA